AUGAAAAAUGGAAAAUUCCAAGAAGGAUUGAGAGCUAUUAUAAUCGGAAUUGAGAAUAUUCAUGAUGCAAAUAUCAUUCAUCGAGAUAUUCAUAGUGGAAACAUUCUUACAGAUGGUACUGUAAGAACCACUAUAUGUGAUUUAGGACUUUGUAAAUCAUCAACCGAAUCCUCAAGUGAAGACAUUUAUGGAGUUAUUCCAUAUAUGGCUCCGGAGAUUUUUCAGAGACAAACGUAUACUAUGGCUUCAGACAUAUAUAGUUUUGGUGUGAUUAUGUGGGAGGUUGUGACUCGCAGAAGGCCUUUUUGGUAUCGAAGUCAUGAUACUGAGCUUAUUAUUGAUAUUUGUAAUGGUCUUCGUCCUCAAAUCUUCGCAGAUGUACCUGAAGGUUAUGUUAACUUAAUGCAACUGUGCUGGGAUAACGAACCAAAUAAAAGACCAACAGCUGUUGAUAUAUCUGAAAAGUUAGUUCAAAUGCGUAACAAUGAAGUAGAUCAUCGAACAGAAGUUAAAAUACCAUCAGACAUUGGACCCAACACAAAUAACUCAGGAGCAAUCUACUCAAGUAGACUUUUAACUGGUACGACAAAUUCCGCAAUGUCACUAAUAUGUAUUGUUCAAUUCGUUACUCGUUUUGCUGAUUUAAAAAUUCAUAUAAACUAA